AUGUCGACCGUUCUACCCCCACCAAGCAAGCGGCAGAGGACCGAUGCUGCUGAGAAGGCGCGCUUGCAACAAGACAUUGAGGAAAUUCCAAGUGAUGCCGGAAGUUUGAGACUUCAGUUCUAUGACGAGACUACUGGAUUGCCGAUCGGUAAUGGACCAGUUCUGGUGCCAGUUGCAGACGCGACUCCCAAAAAUCUCGAGCUUCUCUUAAACACUUUGCAAGGUCAUGAUCCUUCCGAAUACAUACCUUACCGCUUUACCCUUCCAGUCCCAGACAAAAAGACAUCCGAAACGAAUACGACUGCCUUUCCAGCCAACAUAUACAAAACCCUGAUUACUCCAGGCUUAAUUAGUACGGAAGAGGUUCAAAACAUAUCAGCCGCGCCGCAAGCGGUCUUCAGAGUUCAGGCAGUGUCGAGAUGUGCUUCUUCAAUACCAGGUCAUGGAGAGGCUAUACUUGCAACCCAAUUUUCACCGAGGACGUCCGCGAGAAUGGUCAGUGGGAGUGGAGAUCAUACCGCUAGGAUAUGGGACUGCGAUACGGGAACUCCAGUACAUACUCUGAAAGGUCAUACUAGUUGGGUUCUUGCUGUCAGUUGGUCUUCGGAUGACUCGCGAAUUGUGACAGGGAGUAUGGAUAACACAGUACGAAUGUGGGACCCGAAAACAGGCAAGCAAGUCGGCAACACAAUGAAAGGGCAUACAAAGUGGAUAACGAGUAUAGCCUGGGAGCCAUAUCACGCUCAAAGGCCUGGAGAACCUAGAUUUGCUUCUGCUUCCAAGGACUCAACAGUUCGGGUCUGGUCAGCCAACCAGCAAACGAUCGACCUGGUACUAAGUGGCCAUAAAGGUUCAGUAUCUUGCGUAAAAUGGGGUGGAACAGGUUUCAUUUAUACCGCAUGUCACGACAAGACCGUAAAAGUGUGGAAUGCCAAAGACGGAACACUGGCUCACACGCUAAACUCUCACGCUCACUGGGUAAAUCAUCUAGCGUUGUCUACAGAUUUUGUCAUCAGAACAGCCUUUCAUGAUCAUACAGGCAAAAUUCCGGGUACCGAUGAGGAGAAAGUUGCCAAGGCAAAGGAAAGAUUUCUGAAGGCUGCUACAAUUCAGGGAGAGGUCGUCGAGAGACUCGUAUCUGCAAGCGAUGAUUUCACAAUGUAUCUUUGGGAUCCAGCAAAGGGAACGAAACCUGUGGCAAGACUGUUAGGUCACCAAAAGCAAGUCAAUCAUGUUACUUUCUCUCCUGAUGGACUUCUGAUUGCAUCCUCUGGAUUUGACAACCACACAAAGGUAUGGAAUGCAAGGGAUGGAAAGUUCAUAAAUACACUUAGGGGACAUGUGGCCCCUGUAUAUAUGUGUGCAUUUAGUCCUGACUCGAGGUUGCUGGUAACGGGUAGUAAAGACACCACAUUAAAAGUGUGGGAUAUGCGGACCCAUAAGCUGGCUGUUGAUUUACCAGGUCAUAAGGAUGAAGUGUAUGCAGUUGAUUGGAGUCCUGAUGGACAGAAAGUGGGAAGUGGUGGAAAAGAUAAAGCUGUGCGGAUAUGGAGACACUAA